UAUUACACUACUUUUUGUUGGUUAUUAAAACAUUAUGUCGGUGUAAACAGAAAUCGAAUUUUUGUUCAACAAUAUAUAAAAAUGCCAACAGUUAUCGCAUUAGAUGUGUCUUUAUCAAUGAGACGACCAGUAUUAGGAAGCGGGUCAAAUGAAAAUAAUCAAAACGAACAUAUAACAAGGCAUCACUUAGCUGUAUACGGAAUAAAUGCAUUAUUACAUUAUUUACAAGUGAACUCAAAAUUAGAAUUUGUAGCUUUAGUGGUCUUUUCAUCUUUAUAUGAAGUUAUAUGUCCAUUCACUCGUGAUUAUGAUAGUAUACGUUCAAAAUUACAAAAUAUUGAAGAAUGUGAUAAGACCUGCAUUGAAACUGCUCUUCAUGGUGUUAAUAAUGUCAUUAUGGCAGAAUGGGGCAACACUACUGCAUGUCAAGUAGUAUUAAUCACUGAUGGUAAUCCUGGAGUAGGACCAAUGUCUUUAGGUGACUCUUUGAAUUCUUUAAAUGUAACAAGAGAUGUAAAUCCAUUUCCUUUACCUUUUCCUUAUCCAGGAAAAUUAAGUGUUGUAUGCAUUGCAUCACAGCAAGAUACUGGUUUACAUAUUGGUUUACCACUUUAUCAACGAUUAGUUGAACUUGCUGGUGGCGAUAGCGUAGUGCUAGUUCCAGAAACAAUACUUUCAAAGCAUUCAGUCACAGCAUGUUUCCAGAAAUUAGCAGAAACUAAUUAUGUAUCUUUUCAAGGAUAUUUGAAAUGUGGAAAUUUGGGUUCUCGUAUUCUCCUAUCACCAGCACCUAUGCCAUAUACUAAAAAAACAGAUUUUGAACUAGUUUCUGGGUUAAUAAUAUCAAAAACCAUAGAAAUUUGUGGAUUUAUAUCAGUGGCAGAUGUUGGUAGUCCUAGUGCUAUAUCUAGACAUUUAGUAUUACCAUUAGCUACAGAGAAAAGUCAAUGUAUGCAAGGAAUAUCUUUAGAAGAAGAUUCAGAUACAGAUGAAAAUGGAGAUGAAGGAAAAGUGCCAUCUUUUUGUGUCCUAUUACAUGGAGCUUUGAAGGUUGAAAAUAUGGUAGCUCUUUGCUUAUUAAAUAGUGAAUGGUAUGGGUUUAUAUAUUCUUGGGCAGAUACAAAGAAAAAAUCAAAUUUAAUGUUAACAGUCUUGGAACCAGGUUUAGAUGUUGUACCAUGGUUAGGUAAUUUCAGCAAUUUAGGUCCUAUUGAUGCAGCUAAGGGUGCUACUGUUAGUUUUCCAGUCAGACCAAAUGAAAAAAGAAGUUAUACUCAAAAUGCUCCUUCUUGGAUUCGUCAAGUUGGAUUACAAUCAGAUAUUCAGAAAAUUUUAAGGCAUGCAAGAAAGUUACCAGAAAAAACCCAGAACUUUUAUAAGGAGGUAAAUCGGUUACGUAGAGCUGCAGCAUCAAUGGGAUUUAUAGAACUCUUAGAAGGAUUGGCAUGUAUUUUGGAACGUGAAUGCACAUUAUUACCACCAAAUUUAAAUCCAGAUUGUACAAUUCAAAUGGGUCAUGUAGCUACUUUGAUAAGAAAACAUGAAUUUCAAGUUCUUAGGUACAAUAUACCACCAGCACGUACUCGGUUUCAACAUGGUGGAUCAUAG